AUGAUCCUCACAACAUGCCCCGCCUGCGCCAAGCCACUGGCCCACGACGCGCCGCGUUGCGUUAGAUGUAAGUUGAGGUACUGCAACAAAACUUGCCAGCACGACCACUGGCGCCGCGGCCACAAGCAAAUGUGUAAGAAAAUACACCGCGGCGGCAACGCGGAACAGUAUAAUGCAGACAAAAAAUACAAGGAGGCCGUCGCGGUCGCGGUCGAGGCGUGCGCGGCCGACACAAAGGGGCAGAAAUGCUACAUCUGCACGCAAGCCGUCCACUGGAAGACAAAGGAGGGCCUCGUGCGCGGGUGCGCGUGCCGCGGGACGGCGGGCUUCGCUCAUGUGUCGUGCUUAGCGGAGCAGGCGAAGAUUGUGGUCGCGGAGGCGGAGGAGAAUAAUUUGGAUGGCGAGCGAUGGUCUUCGAGGUGGAACCAGUGGUUUGCAUGUAGCAUGUGCAAGCAGAACUACCACGGCGUCGUGCGGUGUGCGCUCGGGUGGGCGUGCUGGAAGACGUACGUGGGGCGGCCGGAGGAAGACCGACUUCGGCGCUUGGCGAUGGGCGUGCUUGGGACCGGUUUAUCCCUUGCGAAUCGCCCAGAGGAAGAAUUGUCUGUGAAAGAGGCCGAGUUGGCUAUGGUGCGGCGCCUUGGCGCAUCAGAAGAAGAAUUGCUCGCCACGCAGGGCAACCUUGCAAAUACGUAUGCAUUUCUGGGACGGUUUGAGCAGGCCCUAGAUAUGAACCAAGAAUCUUACUUGGGAUAUUUGAAGCUCCAUGGGGAGGAAAACGUAUAUACCCUCCGGGCGGCCAAUAACCUUGCGGACGUUCUUUUAUCUCUACAGCGCUUCGAAGAAGCCAGGUCAUUGAUGCGCAAAGCGACGCCGGUGGCGCGACGCGUUUUUGGACAGAGUCAUGAUGUCACGUUCACGAUGAAGAAGAUUCACGCUGAGGCGCUCUACCAUGACCCCGGCGCGACGCAUGACGAUCUCCGCGAGGCCGUGACGAUACUCGAGGAAUUGGAACGUGCCGCGCGACGCGUCCUCGGAAGCUCGCAUCCCCGCGUACGGGCGAUUGAGAGGUCCCGGGCAAGAUCGCGAGCCGUGCUCCGCGCCCGCGAGGACGCGUAAAAGCAAG